AAAUAAGUAUUUUUUGAAAACAGUGCAAGUGGAAGAUUCUCAGCAGUCAAUAUUUCGUUUUUUUCUAGAAAGUACUUUGAUUAACAUUAUAUUAGUUUGUGCAAAACGUUUACGCGGGAUGGUGUUGAUGGCUAUAUAUCGGGCAACACUCACCUGAUUCUCUCAAACGAACAUGUGUCUAACAGAUGACAAAACAAUUUCUCAAGUGCACUGUGAGAGUGAUGGAAGUGAAUGAAGGACUCAGGAAUAGUUUGCUCGAUCCCGUUUCGGAAAUUUCGAUGCCAAAGAUACAUCUCGCUCUGGCCGACAAGUCGAAAUUUUCCAACUGGUGGAGCAGGACCGUUUCAACUUAGUCUAUUGUUGAUAUACAUUUCCCGUAAUUUCAAUUGCAAAAAUGGCUGAUAGCGCUGAAAUAAUACCUGCCAAGAAAAUUAAAGCAGACGAGAAGGAAUAUCGCGCAGAUACGAAUUCAGAAGAUUCAAUGCAGGCGUUAGAUACGGAAGAAAAUUCUACAAACACUAAUUCUGAAGUAGCUACGACAAGUAAUUUGUCAACAUUUUCGUCGACUGCACAAACACGACCAAAAUUAGCAUUCAAAAAUCCAAAGUUUAGCUAUAUAGAGCCAGGAGGAAAAAAAUUUGUAUGGAAAUCUUUAAAGCAAAUCAUAGCCCAAGAAAAAUCUUUGCCUUCGUCGGAGGAUAUAGUAACGUAUACUUCAUUAAAUGCCCCUCCAUCUUUGAAACCGCCAAAAAAAUAUUCUGAUAUCUCUGGACUUAUAGCACCUUAUAUGGAUCCUCAAACUAAAUUAUACUACCAUAAUGCUGAAGAGUUUCGUAUUAUAAGAUCCUUACCAUCUGAUAUCAUCCAAGGUUAUUUAGCUUUAAGAGGUGCCACAAACGUUGUGGGCUAAGAACAUAUAUAUAUACUCUCCCAUCAAUUUUGUUUAGUGUACCCCUUGAAUAUCGGCAACUUUAAUGAUUAAUAAAACUUUCUCGAUUUCCUUUUCACCAAGUGAUAGAACUUAAUGUGAAAAAAAACAAGAAAAAAAAAAUAUGUUUUUGUCUUUUGCUACUGAAUAAGAAAUACUUUUCAUUCAUGUUAAACAUUUCCUAUUAUUUGGCGGAGAGGCGAACCAUAAAACUCAAUUGCGAUGAGAAAAGGACAAAGUUCAUGUAGUAAAACACAAGAAUAAACGAUCAAUACUUAUGCAUGGGGCGAUGAAUACGUGCUAGCGAAAAGUUUCAGAAUAUCGA